AUGAUUUCAACAAUCGGCACAACAACAAUUCAAACAACUACGGCACCAAAUUCAUUAAUCAUGAAUCCUACGUCAAUGUUGGUAGAGAUGAAAAACUUCAUUCCUUCUUCAUAUACUUUUGAAACAAAAAUACAAAGAAUAAAGCAAGAACUUUUAACAAGUAAUUUAGACUGUAGUGCGAAAGAUGAAACAAAUGAACAGUAUCUUUAUGAAAUGCAAGAUAUCAUAGACCAUUUGCCUAAAUUACCGGAAGUUCAGCAACAAAAACUAACUAUUCCUGAAUUCGAUGAAAUUGAAGUUAAAGUUACUGAUUCAGUAGAAAGUCAGAAAAAAUAA